CCCCAUCAGUCAAUAAAGCGAUGGCCUUGUGCUGAGUGCAUGGGACAGAGCGGUGCCACGCCCCUCCGGUCUGGGCUGAGCUAGGAGCACAGCAGCAGGAGGGGCCCGCAGGGUCUUGGAUGUGGGCAGCUGCGCUUCCCCAUGCAAGAGUUGGGAACCGAGAAACAAGUGUCGUUUGGAUUUUGAAAGUGUUCUCUGGGGUGCUCCCUCACGUGUCGGCAGCACAGUCCGCCUCGCCCCAGCUUGCCCCGGAAAGCAAGAGGCCUCUGUGGUGUUGGCUUUGUUUUGGGCCGCCUCCUUGUAAUUCAAGGAGGCGGCGCAUAUUUUAGGUGCCUUUGCUAAUUACAGACCCCCAUGUGUAAAAAUAAAGCAACUCUUACUUGCCCCCAGCCCUCCCGUGCCCUGUUUCCAACCACUGCCUCCUCUCAAAACCGAGUCGGCACUUUGUCUUCCCUCCCGGAACCCUUUAGACGCAGGGGCUUUCCAUGACCGCACAGGAGCGUGGGAGAGAGGGAGCCGGGCAGGGACGCUGAGGACCCGGCUGACGGCCACAGCUGGCAGGCCUUCGGCUGUUCAGGUACCUGCUUGGAUGACAGCUGGAUCCACCCUCGAAACCUGACCCCCUCAUCCCCAAAAGACGUCCACAUCCAGCUGCACUUCACCCACACGCAGCACGAAGACCUGUUGCCUGUGGCUCACGUGGAAUGGAUGCUGCAGACAGACGCCAGCAUCCUGUACCUGGAGGGUGCGGAGCUGUCGAUCCUGCAGCUGAACACCAAUGAGCUUCUGUGUGUCAAGUUCGAGUUUCUGUCUAAACUGAGGCACCACCACAAGCGGUGGCGUUUCACCUUCAGCCACUUUGUGGUAGACCCUGGCCAGGAGUACGAGGUGACCGUUCACCACCUGCCCAAGCCGAUCCCUGAUGGGGACCCCAACCACCAGUCCAGAAACCUCCUUGUGCCUGGCUGCGAGGAGCCCAGGAUGAAGGUCACCACGCCAUGUGUGAACUCAGGCAGCCUGUGGGAGCCCAACAUCACCGUGGAGGUCGCCGAGGCCCACCAGCUGCGCGUGGGCUUCGCCCUGUGGCACGAGCCUGCCCGCUACCAGCUCCUGCUGAGCAGCUUCCCCCACGCCGAGGACCACGCCUGCUUCGAGCACGUGCAGCGCGUGGCAGCGCCCAGACGCGAGUAUUCCCAGCAGCGGUCCAGCGUCACGAUCACUGUCCACAACUCGGACUGGUGCUGCCAGCACCGCGUGCAGAUCCAGCCCUUCUUCAACAGCUGUCUCAAUGACUGCCUGCGCCACUCUGUGACGGUCCCUUGCCCAGACGCCCCAGAGACUCUAGAUGUGGUUGCAGACUCCCCGCCCCUGUGGGUGUACGGCUUCGGCACCGGCGUCUCCCUCCUGCUCGUGGGCUCCGUCAUCCUCUUCAUCCUCUGCAUGACUUGGCGACUGUCCGGGUCUCAUCAUGAGAAAUAUGAUGAUGACACCAAACACACAGAUGUCCUGCCUGCAGCCGACCUGACCCCCCCACCCCUGAAGCCGAGGAAGGUCUGGAUCGUCUACUCGGCCGACCAUCCUCUCUAUGUGGAUGUCGUCCUAAAAUUCGCCCAGUUCCUGCUCACCGUCUGUGGCACGGAAGUCGCCCUCGACCUGCUGGAGGAACAGGUCAUCUCGGAGGUGGGGGUCAUGACCUGGGUAGGCCGCCAGAAGCAGGAAACAGUGGAGAGCAACUCCAAAACCAUCAUCCUGUGCUCCCGGGGUGCCCAGGCCAAGUGGCAGGCCAUCCUUGGCUGGGAGGGGCCCGCCGUCCAGCUGCGGUGUGACCGCAGGAAGCCCGCGGGGGACCUCUUCACGGCGGCCAUGAACAUGAUCCUGCCAGACUUCCGGAAGCCUGCCUGCUUCGGCACCUACAUCGUCUGCUACUUCAGCGGCAUCAGCAGCGAGGGCGACGUCCCCGCCCUCUUCAGCGUCACUCCCAGAUACGCCCUCAUGGACAGGUUCGAGGAGGUGUACUUCCGGAUCCAGGACCUGGAGAUGUUCGGGCCCGGCCGCAUGCACCGCGUCGGGGAGCUCACAGGCGAGAACUACCUGCACAGUCCCAGCGGCCGGCAGCUCAGGGAGGCUGUGGAGCGGUUCCGGGAGUGGCAGGCCCGGUGCCCCGACUGGUUUGAGCACGAGAACCUGUGCUCCACGGAUGACCAAGACCUCCCGUCCCUGGAUGAAGAGGUGUUUGAAGAGCUGCCAGGAGGGGGCAUCGUCAGGCAGAGGCCAGUGGUGCGGGAGCCUGCCUCCACGCAGGGGCUGGCGUUGAGCCUGCUCCUCGGCAGGGAAGGGGGCCUGUGGAAGCUGCAGCCUCAGCUGCCGCCAGAGGGGCGGCCGGCGGCCCAGCCCCUGCAGACCACAGUGCUCCCGGCAGAGAAGGCCGCUCCGGCUCGGGCUGCAGAGCCCCUGCCUCUCCCCGACGCUGACGCUGACGGCGGCGGCGCGGCCAGCUGGCUGGCGGUGCUGGAGGGAGGCGAGGCCCGCCCGCUGCUGGGGGGCUGUGGCCCUGAGCAGAGUGGUGUGCUCUUCCUGCCUGUGGACUCGGGGGCCCCGCCUCGCUGCAGCGCCCCGCUGGCGUCGCCCGCGCCCCUCCCGAGCGAAGCUCGAGAGCAGCUGGAAGGCUUGAUGGUCUCACUCCUCCAGCAAGACGCCUACACGGCCUGCGAGGAGGAGCAGCGGCAGUCAGUGCAGUCUGACCAGGGCUACAUCUCCCGGAGCUCCCCACAGCCCCCCGACGGGCUCAGGGAAAUGGAGGAGGAGGAGGAGGGGGGGGAGGAAGGCCUGGGGGAGUCAGCCAGGCCACUCUCGCUGGAGGACCUGGAGAGGCUGAGGGGCCUGCAGCGACAGCUGCUCUUCCAAGAGCUGCAGGAGAACGCUGGCUGGGACAGGGCGGGGUCAGAGAGGCCAUUUGUGCCAGGGCAGGCCCCCGCCUAGGGGCUGCCAGGUCCCCAGCGUCGAGAGAGGGGUGUGUGUGCUUGUGGGUGUACACAUGUGUGUACAUGUCUGCGCACAUGUGUGUGAAGCAUGUGCUUGCAAUUGUAGACAUGUUGACUCUCAUCCCUAGGCACCCCCUGACUUUCCAUUAUGUGGCCAUCUGGUUAUCGUCUGUCCCUAUGGACAGCCCGUUUCUGGGAGCUAAUGGCAGAGUGACUUCAAGUCUCUGUCAUUUGCUCAUUCAUUCAUUCAGCAUUUAUUUUGCACCUGCAAUUCGGAUUCAAAGAUAAAUUGCACAGGGCAUGGCCCUGGCCCCAAGGAGCCUCGCACCCAUUGAGAAGAUAAGCAGAAAAGUCACCUGGCCCGGGGGGAGGUUCCUAGAGGAGGUGAUGUCUGAGCUGGAGGAGAGCGUGUUGCCUAGUGACGGUUGUGGUUGGGGCAGGUGCAGUCCCGGGGCAGGGCCAGCCCUCGCUCCAUGCUGGGAGGUGAGCAGAGGGAGCAUCAGGUGGCUGGAGUGGAAGUGGGGGUGGGGGAUUCAGCCAGAGCUCAGCCUGUGGACUGGGUGGGAGCUGGGACGUCAACCGAAGCCUGGGACUCCUUCCUGUGAUGGGCUGUCACCCAGCAGGGGGGACAGCUGAGGGCCAGACACACCCAGAGGACACAGGAUAGAAAUGUGCGAAGUGAAACCCGCAUUCAGCAGGGAGACAAAUGUGACAUCCUGAGCUUGUGUUUUGCCAGUCAGUCAGCGGAGGGCUGCGGCAAAGGAUUCUGCAGCCCCCUGAGCUCAGGAAGCUCUGGCGUGCAAGGACAGUGUGAGGGAAGGAGACAGCUACGGGCCCGCAGCAGGAGGAGGGAGUGAAGGUCUGGACAGACCCUUGCCGGGGGGACGGUGUGCCACUCUGUACUUCACCGUCGCACGUUUGAGGAGAGACUCUGAGGCCCAGUGUUUGAGGAAAUUGUUGCUGAAGUGCCAUCUUGGGGUACGGGUCCUGAAGAACACUGAUGCCAUCGGACCCUGGAAUUGCGUGUCUCUGUUCCCGUGCUUGCAUCCUUAGCUGUACUUCCAGGAGGUGAUUCAGAGACGUGAUGGGAAGGCAGAUAGCGCAGUGGUGUGCACGCACACCUGUGCACGAAAGGGAGAUUGUCAGUAAAGGAACACGCCCGGGCGCGGUGGCUCAUGCCUGUAAUCUCAGCACUCUGGGAGGCCGAGGCAGGAGUUUGACUCCUGGUCAGGAG